GCUGGAGCAGGAACGCCCACCUCCCGUCAUAUCUCCGCCGUCCGCCAGCCAUGGCCGUUGCCGACGACCGCCCCACGCCGCGGUCGGCCCACGUCUCGGACGCAGCCCUCGCGCCGUUCCUCCGGGCGCGCUUCGACGCCGCCGAGUACCUCAAUGCCACGCUCCCGUCGCUCGCGCUGAGCGGGCGCCCUGCCAAGGGCACCUCGGCUUCUCUCGCGGACCUCUCCUCGCAGACCCAAGACGUUCUCGCGCAGCUCAAUGCGCAGACCACGCGGCUAUCUGCCGUCCUCACGCAGCUGACCGACGACAUACUCCGGAGUGGUGGCAGGCUGGCUUACGAGGUCGAGGUGUUGCGUGGGGAGACGAUUGGGCUCACGGACGCACUCCAGGAUGGAUCAAAGGAAGACAUCGCCAAGUUCCUGCCCGGCGGCCUGGCACAAGCGAUGGACCAGCCAGACGUGCAGAACAGCCAAGUUUCCGAAGACAUUGCAGCUCCGGACAUGUCACAGGAUGCCUCCUCCCCUCGGCCCUCCUCCACCGCCGCCGCCACAACGCCGGACUACAUCACUUCCCUCCGCACCCUGACAACCGUGAGGUCACGUCUCGAGAACGUCAUCAAAGUCUUUGGCGAAGCCAUGCACUGGACCAUCCCCCCUUCGGAUGUCUCGCUUGGCUCUUCGCUGAUCAGCGUGUCCGCCCCUGAACCCGGUAGCGACAACGCCUCACUCGAGCAACGCGGCAAAGAGUUUGCAUCUGCUCUGCGCUCUGAGAUUGCUGAUCUCAUCAUCGGCGACCCAGAGCAAGGGCCAGCAAAGGCAGAGGCCAGGAUACAGGCACUGCGCGAUCUGGCCGUGGUGUGGAAGGGCACAGCCGAGGAGAAGGCGCGAGCAAGGUUCGUCGAGGGACUGAUCAAAGUGGCUGAAGAUAAACAGAGAGAAGCCGACAAGGAGAGAGAGAGGAGUAAAAGAGGAGGGGCAAGGGCUUCGAGUGUAGUACAAUCGCAACAGCCACCACCAAAAGAGCCAGGGAGAGGCGGCUUUCUGGAGAAUCUCAGUAGGAUACGAGGGUUCGUUGAAUAGGUCACGAAACAAUCUGAACAACGCAGUCCAACUCAGGUGGCAGUCAGUGCCGUGCUCUCGGUCUGAUUGAGAGCCUGCAUGUGCAUCACCUAUGAUUGCUUCAGUGUGGUCCUGGAGCUCGAAAGAGAGUCUGUGAUUGUGUGUCGGCUACAUUAUGUCCAGCUUCCGCUUCAACCCACCCUCGGUCGGCUUUGUUGGAUCCUCUAGGAGCCAGCCCUAACGGGCUGCUACAACCAGAAUCACCUCAAGCCAUUACCAGGGGCGGAGAUGCUACUUACAGAGGCACUGU